AUGUCCAACAUAACCCCCACCCUCAACGAGUUCCUCCAAAAACACAAUACCCACUGCAACCAGCACCCUCUCACCCGCUCCAGCACCCGCGAUGAAUUCCUCAAAGAAGCAUACAGAAUAAAUUCCCAUAUCCUCUCUCUACACACCUACCUCCUCUCGAUCCGCCAAGCCUACCUCUCGACCUCCCAUCCACCCCGCCGCGCCGCCCAUCCCCCAUCCUCACGCCUCCGCAAUGGCCCCUCGCAAGAAACCACCUACCUCUCCGCCUCCGCCCGUGACGCCAUAGACGCGAGUUCAAAAACCGUCCUCCGCGACCUGAACGCCAGCAUCCGGCAACUCGCCUCCGCCGAAGAAAUCCGCCGGGACACUGAGUCACGCGUUUCUUCCAAAAAGUAUGCCAAAGGUGUGCUAGGGCGCUGGGCGGCCGGAGCCAGCGGCGGGGAUAAGAGCCCCGAGCAGGUAGUUGAAGAGGCGCGGAGGGAAGUUCUUGCUACGCAUAGGGAUAGCGUGUUGUGGUAUCUAGGGAGGGAAUUGGAAGGGGUGGGGGAGGUGCAGAGGGCCAUGAUGGAGAGGCGGUUGGAAAGAGAGGUGGAGAGGGGAAGGAGUGUGUUGUAUAAAGUGAAAGGGAGUGUGGGUGCUGGGGAAGGCUUGGAAGGGGUUGGGAUGAGUGGAGGUGGCGGUGAGGGGAUGGAUGGGCGUGCGGGGAAGGAAAAGAGUGAGUAUAGGGGUGGCGGAGGGGUGGUUGAGGAUGAGAGUCGGAGGGAAAUCGAGCAACAGUUGAGUCCGGAACAACUGCAGUUGUUUGCGCGAGAGAAUCAGGAUAUGUUGAAGCAGUAUGAAGAUACGUUGGAUCAGGUUCGGACAGCUGAACGUUCCAUGCUUGAGAUCUCCGAGUUGCAAACCAGCCUCGUCCAGAACCUUGACGUACAGACCGCCAAUAUAUCUCAAUUGGUGUCCGACUCGUUUUCUACAACGGAGAACGUUGGUAGUGGAAACAAAGAGCUUAAAAAGGCAACGGAGAGAAAGAGUACUGCCAGAAUGGUAUUCUGGGCUAGUUGUGGAUUGUGUGGGUUCUUGGUGACAUGGGACUUGAUAUUCUAG